AUGUCUGUAUACACAAUUGUUUGCUUGUUACCGUUAUUAAUAAACUUACCAUGCACCGUGCACGGUUUCGGCAUGCGCCUGAUGGAAGUAACUGAGACGGAGCGUUCACACGUCGUUUGUGCAAUCGCAUUACUACAGAAAUAUUUCCAAUAUGGUGAACCGCUAUCCGGUUCGGUGCUCUCCAUGAGCUUCACUUCGGCCUCAUUGUGCAUACAACAGGAUUUGUUGAGUGCAAUGCACGCACAGACCGACAUUCCGUGGACAGUUGUGGUAAGAAAUCCACAUCACACGAAGAUUAGUUUGUCAACGACAAUGAUUUUGCAUGAGAAACCACAAUGCUAUUUUGUUAUAGUUGAGAAUUUGGAGGAUGGUGAUAUGGAGGAUGUCUUUGAAGAUUGGAAGUCGAAUAUAAAUUGGAAUCCACUCGCACAAUUCGUUGUCUUUUUGGCUUCGGUCGAGGAGACGGAUGAAGAGAUGACCGAACUAAUGAUUGAAAUAUUACUGAACUUCAUGAAUAAGAAGAUUUACAACGUAAAUGUGAUCGGGCGGAACGAAGAGAAUGGUUUCUAUUAUGGAAAAACCGUGUUUCCCUAUCAUCCUGAUAAUAAUUGUGGUAAUCGUGUAAUCGCUGUGGAGACCUUGGAUAUCUGUGAUUAUCAAGACGAUGAAAAUCCGAAAGACCCUGAGGGGGAUGAGAAUGAAGCGCACGACGCAGCGGACGACGCAGCGGAGUAUGAAUAUCUUGAUGAGGAAAAUGGAGGUGGUGAUGAGCACGACAGUGUGGAGAGUGAAGAGUAUGGAAAGAAAGAUGCAAAAGGAGUUACAGCUGAGGAGGAAGAUUAUGUGGAAAAUAAUAGUAAGGAAGAAGGUGUAGAAGAUGAUAGCUCAGGCGGUAAAAACAGACAAAGUGAUAAGGAUGAAAAAGAAGGAAAUGUAGAUGGAAUUAGCAGUAAUGAAGAGAACUCAAUUCAAAAUGGUGAAGAUGUAAAUAAAAACGAAGAAGGGAAUGCAAGUGAAGAAGGUAAUUUUACGCUAGAUGGGAACGAAACAAGCGGAACACAGCAUAGUAAUGAGAACUGGAAGGAGUGUGAACAACAAAGUCAACGAGGAGAUACAAAUAUUUUCCAUAAAUAUAUAAAUAGUAAACAAAGAGAUGGAAGUGGAGUAGACGGUGAGUAUGCAGUGCAAAGAGGAGCGGAGCGAAAUAGCGUAAGCCGAAGCGUCCAAGUUAAAGGAGCGAGUAUGCGAAAAGCAAAUUAUACGCCAAAAAUUGAUGGAAAAAAGACGAAAAACGUGCGCCAGAUAAGAGCUCUGCAGAAAUAUCAAAAACUAAGACAUUAUAUACAAGACGACAAAGUUAAACAACGAAUUUUCAUACAAGAACUCUAUCGUGGCUUAUUUCUAGAUAAAUUUCCUAAAGACCUUAGCGGUUGUCCCGUCGUUGCAGCCUAUCGGCCAUGGGAACCAUACAUAUACAAGGAACCCAAAGAAGAAACUGCAAAUAGUAAUCCAACAGCUGAGGAAAGCGAUGAAGAUGCGACAACAGAAGUUACGCAAACCGAGCCUGAGGCAAAUGAUACAUUAAGCGUUGGAAGUGCCGAAGAAACCGAUAACGAUAACAAUAAUUAUGAGGACGUCGAUGCUGACACCGAAACAGAGGCGGCGAACUCAUACAACGAUGUCGACACAGCCGAUGUGGACGUAAUCGGUGUGAGCGUUGAGCUAACAUCGAAAUUGAGUGGCGUAGAGUAUCAGCUGGCGCAGGCAAUUGGCGAACGUCUACAUAUAACAAUUGACUUUCAGGUCGAGAACACCAAUCUCUAUCAUCUCUUUCAGCAACUCAUUGAUGGCGACAUUGAAAUGAUUAUCGGUGGCAUCGACGAAGAUCCCAGCAUUAGUCGUUUUGUUUCGAGCUCCAUACCAUAUCAUCAGGAUGACCUCACUUGGUGUGUGGCACGCGCCAAGCGGAAAUAUAAUCUCUUUAAUUUCUUGCAAAGUUUUCACAUUAGCACUUGGAUCUUUAUGCUGAGCUUUAUUUUAGUUUGCUCAUUGAAUAUUUUCAUCGCACAAAAAUUGCUCAAUAUACGGUUGACACAUUUUGGUGGCUAUUUAACGACCUUCGUACGCAUACUCGGCAUUAUAUUGAGUCAGUCGACACAACUCUUACAUCUACCCACUUCACUGCACAUCACCUUUGGCAGCACUUUCUUUUUGGCCUUAAUGUUUAUCAAUGUUUAUCAGAGUUUUCUUGUGAGCACUUUGACGACACCGAGGUCGCUCUAUCAAAUCAGCCAUUUAGAGGAGAUUUAUCGCAAUCGAAUGACAGUUACCGGUAGUGUGGAGAACGUGCGGCAUCUCAAUAAGGAUGGUGAGAUCUUCAAAUAUAUACGCGAAAAGUUCCAAAUGUGUUACAACAUCGUAGAUUGUCUCAAUGACGCCGCCACCGAUAAUGAGGGUCUAGCUGUCGCGGUCUCCCGUCAACAUUUCCUCUACAAUCCACGCAUCAAACGUGAUCAACUUUAUUGUUUCGAUCGCAAUGAGAAUCUUUACGUUUAUUUGGUUACGAUGCUGCUGCCGAAGAAAUUUCAUCUAUUACAUAAAAUCAAUCCCGUCAUACAGCACAUAAUCGAGUCGGGUCACAUGCAGAAAUGGGCACGUGAAUUGGACUUGAAACGUAGAAUUCGUGAGGAAAUAGAACGCGCACGAAAAGUUCAUGUGAAGAGUCUAACAGUCGAACAAGUUGCCGGUAGUUUUGCGCUGCACGCCAUGCUCUCCACGAACAAUCCUCGCAGCAAUUCCGGUCUGCCAUACCAUACCGCACCAGUGCCAGUAGAUCGGAAUGCCUGCCCAGUGCCAUGCGUUGUGCUUAUGUAUUUACAUGCUUUCUUGGCAUCCGUUUGGUAUCGUUGGCAAAUCGUAAAUCUUCCUACUGAAAUGGGUAACGAUGACAAAAAUGUACAACAACAACAACAUCAACACCACCAAGCACAAGUACCAUAG